UACAGAGUUAGACGUUACUCAAUAUUACUCAACCUCGAGUUGUUUAAUAAAUUGACUUUCAAUCGAAAUCAAUCAGAAUACAUAUCGAGUUGACUCGAGAGCCGUCCGCGACACAACAAAUAUGGCGUAUCGUGGUGUGAAAGGUUCCGAUCCGUUUGUUUCGAAAACAUCACGAAAUGAACGUUUUGCGCAAAUGUCGAAGCAGGAACAAAUUAUUCAGCAAAAGAAGCUCGAGAUACAAGCAAAAAUGGACGAGCAGAAAGCGAAAGAAGCUGUGGAAAAUUUGAGUAAGACGAAUUCACUAAUUCCGAAUUCGAGACUGAAUAAAGCAAAUUCUACCAAAAAACUAGAAGAAAAACCUGCCACAUCACAAACAGUUAACCUAUUUGCAAAUGAUGGCAGUUUUUUGGAUCAAUUCAAAAAAAUUGCUAAUCACAAGGGAACUUUGAAAACAGAGUCGAUGUUUCCUUCAAAACUUGAAGACAAGAGAGAAGAAAAGUAUACAGAGAAUAUCUAUGAUAAAGAAAAGAAAAAAAGUAUUGAAAAAAAUAGAGAUUGGGAGAAUCGAAGGGAGCGUAGAAGAGGAGAUUCUAGAUGGGAAAAAAGCUCUAACAAGAGACAUAGCUCAUCUUUGAGUCCAUCUCCAACCAGACGUGCAUCGUCACAGAGCCCAGAAGCCCGGCAUACCUUUAAUCAAUUACCUUCCAAUGGACAGCGCAUGCAGCACAAUCAGCAACAGUAUUUUCCUAGAAAUGGAAAUUCAUCUCUUAUUCCUCCUCUUGUAUCUCAAUCCGUGAUACACCUGACAAGUUUACCACCACCUAAUAUAAGAAACAUCAUAACCAACAUUCCCCCUCCAAAUUUAUCGAAAAUGCCUCCCCCGAAAAAUUUGAUCAAUAGUUAUCCUGGGAUAGAUGAUCGAUCUGGCGAUCCAAGAAUGCAAAUAUCACCAUCACACGCAAUACACGCCUCCCCAGUUUCCUCGGUACAAUCAGUUCCCCCAAAUACCAAUGUGCCUCCGCCGAAUAUUCACAUUUCUCGGACAAUACCACCUAGUCUACAAAAUUUACCACCACCGCCACCUCCACCUCCUCCUACACUUUCUACAUCUUCGUCAUUGUUGUCAUCGCCAUCGUCAUUAUCGUCAUCAUCUUCCUCCACUACCAACUCUUGUUCACCUUCCUGUUCAUCUUCAUCUUCAACGUCAUCAGUGCUACAACCACCGCCACUACCACCGUCGUCGUCGUCAUCAGCGGCUACUUCGUCACCUUCGACAUCGUCAACAUCACCGGCAUCGGGUACUCAACAGCAUAUAAUUUCAUCCGGUCAUCAAUGCGGGAUACUACCUCCCGCAACUCUGCAGCCUACAAACUUACCACCCCCAAAUAUUCCUCCUCCCAAUUUGUUAUCAGCGAUGACGCAAAUGCCACCAAACAUGCUGUCGAUACCAUCUUCGCAGACAAUCGUGGUCACUGUACCGAACGCAUCUAAUGUACCCAAUGUUCCUCCACCAAAAGUGAUAGCACCUGUGAUAAUGUCAACACCACCUCCAGUUCACAACGUGCCGUCGAAUAUAAAUUCAGUACCACCGCCAAAUUUGAAUAUUCCACCUCCGAAUGUUCCACCGCCUCCUAUAAUACAAAAUGCUGGUCCACCUCCUCCUCUAAUGACCACAAGUUAUCCUCUUCGCAAUCAAGUCACUCAGGUACUUAUGGGACCGCCUAACAUUCAAGUGCCACCACCAGUGAGGCCAGCGUCCGGUCUACAAGCUACUGAACAGCUAGUGUGUCCCGUAGAGGCUGAGCAGCUGGCACGCAUCGUCGCUGACUGCGGGGAUGAAAUCGAGCAGGAAGCGCGAGAGAAGAAUGCACAAGAUCCUAAAUUAUGGUUUCUGCACCAAAAGCAAAGUGCAGCGUAUCUGCAGUACAGGGGGUUAGUGGCGAAGUUCCGCGCGGAAAAGUCAAUUAAGGAACUUAAAGACAGCGGCGCUGAACCAUAUUGUCCGGAGGAAGCUCUCAGUGAUAACGAUGAUACCGAACAAAGUCAUAUUAAUAGACACGUGUCUUCUUCACAAGAGAAGAAGAGAGAAAGAGGAUUCGACGAUAACUCCAUAGAUCGGCGUAAGGAGGAAAACAAAGAAGAACGUAAACGAAAAAGACGUAGCCGUUGGGGUGAUCCAGAUAAUAAAAUACCUAUAGAGGAAGUCAACACAUUGUCCGUACAAAAACAGAAGAGCGGAAGCAUUUCGCAGCCAGGUAUUGCAAUUCCUGGGCAAAUUGGACAACCAGCAGUCAUAAUUCCAUCAUCAAAGCUGCAACACGCAAGAGCAAAGAAUCCCAUGUUAACUAAAGUUUCUAGAAACGAUCCAGCGUUGAUACAGUACGCUCGGCAAACGUUCAGCACGUUAGAUCUUACCGAGGAACAAUGGAAGAAAGCGGAGGAUCACUAUAAGAUAAAUCUGCUCUAUCAGAAUUUAUUAAGAAAAAGAGAGGAAUUGAAGCGGUUAGAGGCACAGGGAAAACAUAAAUACGAGUAUGAUAGUGACGAAGAAACCGAAGGUGGUACUUGGGAACAUAAACUUAGGUCCGCCGAAAUGGAGGCCACUCAAAUGUGGGCGGAAGAACUAACGGCUCAAGCAGAAGGGAAACAUCAUAUCGGUGAUUUUUUACCACCGGAUGAACUUAAAAAAUUUAUGGAACAAUAUAACGCGGUUAAGCAGGGAAAGGAACCCGAUCUUAGCGAUUAUAAGGAGUACAAGCUUAAAGAAGAUAAUAUAGGAUUUCAGAUGUUACAGAAACUCGGAUGGAGCGAAGGACAAGGUCUGGGUACCGAAGGCAACGGUCGUAUCGAACCUGUUAACAAGGCAACUAACAGAUUCGAUAGCGCUGGCUUAGGUUCCGAAAGACCAGACGGCGUGUCUCGAGACGACGACGAAUUCGACGCCUAUAGGAAAAGAAUGAUGCUAGCUUACAGAUUCAGGCCUAAUCCCUUGAAUAAUCCUCGGAGACCUUAUUAUUGA